AUGGAUGUGAAAAGUAGAAGUUAUUUACUUAUCAAUCGCCAAGCAUUGGAAAAAGACAUCAAGACCUCUUACAUUAUGGAUCGUAUGAUUUCUGACGAAGUACUGACGUUACAGGAGGAGGAGAAAGUGAAACAACAGAAUACACAGAAGGAGCGAGCAGCUAUGCUAAUAAACAUUAUUCUUACAAAAGAUAAUAAUGCAUAUAGAUCCUUUUAUAAUGCACUGCUUCACGAAGGGUACAGAGAUCUUGCUGCUCUUCUUCAGGAUGGUAUCCCUGCCAUCUCUGACAAUGGAAAGAGUUCAAUGGAUGGAAUGACUUCAUACGUUAAGACAAUUCUCUGCGAAGGAGGUGUACCACAGAGACCGGUUGUGUUUGUCACUCGGCCAAAACUAGUAGGUGCUAUUAAACAGAAACUGUGCUGCUUGGGAAGUGACCCAGGCUGGGUCACAGUUUAUGGAAUGGCAGGUUGUGGGAAGACUGUUUUAACAGCAGAAGCUUUAAGAGAUCAUCAGCUCUUGAAAGAUUACUUUCCAGGAGGAGUUCACUGGAUCUCUAUUGGAAAACAGGACAAAGCAGGGCUCCUAAUAAAACUCCAGAAUCUCUGUAGUAGAUUAGAACAUGACUCUACUCUUUCACAAAGGCCACCACUUAACAUUGAGGAGGCUAAAGAUCGUCUUCGUUUGCUGAUGCUACGCAAAUAUCCCAGCUCUCUUUUGAUCCUGGACGACAUUUGGGAUUCCUGGGUUUUAAAAGCAUUUGAUAAUCAAUGUCAGGUUCUUAUCACCAGCAGGGACAGGAGUGUAACAGAUGCUGUGGCUGGCAAUAAAUAUGAGGUUCAUGUGGAAAGUGGACUAGCACAUGAGAAAGGACUGGAGAUUUUGUCCCUAUUUGUGAAUAUGAAAAUAUCAGAACUGCCAGAACAAGCUAACUGCCUUGUAAGGGAAUGCAAAGGUUCUCCUCUUGUGAUAUCCUUGAUAGGUGCAUUAUUACGAGACUUCCCUAAUCGUUGGGAAUACUAUCUCAAACAGCUGCAGAAUAAGCAGUUUAAAAGAAUAAGAAAAUCAUCUUCUUAUGAUUAUGAAGCCCUUGAUGAAGCAAUGUCCAUCAGUGUUGAGCAACUGAAUGACAAUUAUAAAGACUACUAUAAAGACCUGUCUAUCCUCCCAAAAGAUGUUAAAGUACCUACUAAGGUUUUCUGUAUUCUUUGGGAUAUGGAAACAGAAGAUGUUGAAGAUAUACUACAAGAAUUUGUUAACAAAUCACUGUUAUUCUGUGAUCGUAAUGGGAAGUCAUUCCACUAUUAUUUACAUGAUCUUCAACUUGACUUUCUUACAGAGAAGAAUCGCAACCAGCUUCAGGAGCUACAUAAAAACAUAGUAAAUCAGUACAAGAAAUAUUACAAACUUAACACACCUGUUCCAUCUCAAGAGGAUUGCAUGUACUGGUUUAACUUCCUAGCAUAUCACAUGGCUGGUGCAAAGCUGUGCCAGGAGCUCCAUGAUCUUAUGUUUUCUCUAGAUUGGAUUAAAGCUAAAACAGAAUUGGUAGGGCCUGCUCAUCUGAUUCAUGAAUAUGUAGAAUAUAGUUCAGUCCUGGAUCAAAAGGAUAGCACAGGACGUGAGAACUUCCAGGAAUUUCUGUCCUUAAAUGGGCACCUUCUGGGACGACAACCAUUUCCUGACAUUAUACAGCUGGGUCUUUGCCAGCCAGAGACAUCAGAGGUGUAUCAACAAGCCAAGCUACAUGCUCAAAGACAAACAGGAGCGUUUUAUUUGGAUUGGAUAAAUAAAAAAUCCUUGAAAAACCUCUACCGUCUGGUUGUUCGUCCACAUAGAGAUGCAGUUUACCAUGCCUGCUUUUCUAAGGAUACACGAAGAAUAGCAUCAUGUGGAGCUGAUAAAUCACUUCAGGUAUUUAAAGCAGAAAGUGGAGAGAGACUCUUGGAGAUAAGUGCCCAUGAUGAUGAAAUACUUUGUUGUGCUUUCUCCACCGAUGGUGAGUUUGUAGCAACUUGUUCAGCUGAUAAAAAAGUGAAGAUCUGGAAUUCCAGAACAGGCCAGUGUAAAUGUGUAUAUGAAGAACACUCGGAGCAGGUCAAUUGCUGCCAGUUCAAUAACAGAAGUGGUCAGUACCUUUUAGCCACCUGCUCAAAUGACAGUUUCAUCAAACUUUGGGAUUUGAACAAAAAGUAUUGUAGAAACACGAUGAUAGGUCACGUACAUUCCGUCAAUCACUGUAGAUUUUCACCAAAUGAUGAAUAUGUUGCUAGCUGCUCAACAGACGGAACAGUAAAGCUUUGGGAAACGCGCUCAGCAAAUGAACUGAAAAGUAUUGAGAUAAAAGAUUUCUUCAAAAAUGCAGAUGAGCAACCAGAUGAUGUGGAGGUUUUAGUAAAAUGUUGCUCUUGGUCCGGAAAUGGUGACAAGAUUUUGGUGGUAGCGAAGAAUAAGCUUUUGCUUUUUGAUGUUGAAACGUGUGAUUUGCUAACACAAGUCGUUGUAAGUCAUCACAGUACAAUCCAAUACUGUGACUUUUGUCCUGGUGAUGAGUUAGUAGCAGUUGCUUUGUCUCACUGCUCUGUUGAGUUAUGGAAUAUUAAAUCUUUAUCAAAAGUAGCAUAUUGCAGAGGACACAUGAGCUGGGUUCACUGUGUAGCAUUUUCGCCAGAUGGAUCUUUAUUUCUGACGUCAUCUGAUGACCAGACAAUACGU